AUGGGGACCGUGGCCAUGACGGCAGAUCCCAGCGCCCUAACCAUCAAUCUGCUGCUCAUUGUCCAGCUCGAGGAGGCGGCGGGCAAGCAGAGGGGGCAGAGGGGGAGGCCGGCGGAGGGCUGCCGGGGCGCAGGUCUGCAGGACGAUGGCAAUGGAAACAGCAGAGCACAGCCACCUCAGGGGACAGACCUUAACGGCCGGCGAGUCUCCAGGGAGUCCUGCAAGCAGACACAGACCCUCACCUCCUACACCAACGAAGGAACCCAAGUGACAGUGGAGAUUCAUCCCAAGGAUACAACUCCACAACUCUUCAAGAAACUCUCCUUUGGAAAAGGUACAUCCUGGGCUUUCAGCCCUGGGGCAGAGAGGGUGGGAGGCCACACUCCUCAGGGGUUCCGGAGGACCGAAGCCCCGCGGCCCCCGGGAGGAAAAGACCUACACGCAUAUCCGUGGGACAAAUCCUCUUUGAAAUCCAUGCCAGUAGAUCUGCAGCAAUUUGAGAAGCUGGAUGCCUAUGCAUUAAAAGUGAAUGUCCAGAACAGCGUGGAGGAACUGGUGAAAGCUCUGCUGAGACAAGCCCGGAGUGAUCUGGAGAAGGUCCGAGCCAUCUGGAUGUGGAUCUGCCAUCACAUCGAAUACGAUGUAGUGGGUUACCACAACAAAAGCCAAGCGUCCAUCGAGCCCAUGGACGUGCUGCAGAGGGGGAAGAGCAUCUGUGAAGGAUACGCCGGGCUCUUCGAGCGGAUGUGCAGCAUUGCAGGAAUCCAGUGCAUGAAGCUCUCGGGAUACUCUAAGGGGUAUGGGUACAAGAUGGGGCAGACCUUCACAGGGGACUCUGACCAUGCCUGGAAUGCUGUCUACCUUGAGGGAAGGUGGCAUCUACUCGACAGCACCUGGGGAAGUGGUUCUGUUGAUGAUUCUUGCACCAAGUUCACCUUCAGGUACAAUGAGUUUUACUUUCUGACUCACCCAGCUCUGUUCAUUAACAAUCACUUCCCAGACAACAGUAACUGGCAGCUUCUCAAACCAACCCUGACGCUGAAGGAGUUUGAGAAGAACAUGCUGCACAGCAGUAACUUUUACAUGUUGGGCCUGCUGACUGCACACCCAGAGACAGCCAUCAUCCAAACAGUCAAUGGAAAAGCCUCGGUGUCCGUGGACUGUCGCUCUGCCACGCUGUUUUCGUUUAAGCUGAAGGGAACGGAGGAACGUGGCCUACUGACUUUGAGAAAGCACGGAAUGGAGCUGGAUAUCUACCCCCGGGAGACAGGGAGUCACAAGCUGCAGAUCUUUGCCAAGCCUUCCAAAGCCUCAGACGACGUCUACAGCUGCGUGCUGGAGUACGUGGUGGAGUGUGAGUCUGUGGACGAGGCCGUGCGUCUCCCCAAGGACCUGCACCAGCCCGUGGGCCCCAGCUGGUGGACGGAGCGCCAGGGCUUCCUGAGGCCCUCCCAGCCCAGCCCCGUCAUCCACAGCAACGACGGACGCUGCGCUCUCACCUUCACGCUGGGCAAAGACAUCAGCGUCCUGGCCUCGCUGCACGCGGACGGCGGCAGCCUGCCGGAGGACGCCAGCCGGCGGCACAUCAUGCAGAUCCGCCGCGGGAACCAGAUGGAGCUGAAGAUCCACCUCCCCCACGCAGGGAGCUUCGUCCUCAAGCUCUACGCCAAGAAGAAAUCGGACCCGGGCAAUUACGACUACGUCUUCAACUACCUCAUCACCUGCCUCAACACUGAGGUGAAGUGGCCGGCUUUCCCUCAGAGCUACAGCAAGUGGCUGGAAGAGUACGAGAUCCUGGAGCCGCUGUCCGGCUUGCUGCCGGCGAACCGCAACGUGCAGUUCAAGCUCAGAAUGCCCGGGAUAGCCAAGGUGCUCGUUCAAGCUGAGAACACUUACCCUCUCACCCAGAGCAGGGGCUACUGGGAGGGAACCUGCAACACCUCGGGAUGCAGGGAGCUGUUUGUGAUGGUGCACGAGAACGCAAACCACAGCUUUUACUCGCACGUCCUGAAAUACGAAGUCGAGAACCAGUAAGGGCCCCUCCUUGUUCUGCCUCAACCAACCUCUCCAACGUGCCCAAAACCAACACAGCUUUAGGAGAUUGCUCACUCUCUCCAUCCAACCUGUUCUGCCAACGAACGCGGGGCGACACUCGCCGGCUUGUGCAAGAUCACAGGCUCAGAGAAGUAAAUCCUGUUAAGAAGGGGAGCAGCAGUGG